AUGAUCUAUUAUGCAGGCUCAACCAGCCACCACAAGUCAUCCAUAGGCGGGAAGCAGCCACACAAGAAGCGAGUGUUCUCAACAUGUGAGGCCUUAGAUGGUGAAAUGUUGAAGAGGCUCAUCCAAAAAGGUAUGUGAAGUACAGUAUACUGACAACUAUCGUCAUAGGGGCAAACUGUCCCGGAAAAGUUACAACUCACAAUGUCCACUUUAAUUAUGUGUGUACAAGAGGAGGCUGGUGGGAGAAGCUAUAGGAGGACAUACUCAUUGUAAUGGCUGCAAUGGAAUAAAUGGAACAGAGUCAAACAUGUGGUUUCCAUAUGUUUGAUGUGUUUGAAACCAUUCUACUAAUUCCGCUCCAGUCAUUACCACGAGGCAGUCCUCCCCAAUUAAGGUGCCACCAACCUCCUAUGGUGUCUCUCUCUCUCUCUCUCUCUCUCUCUCUCUCUCUCUCCUCUCUCUCUCCUCUCUCUCUCUCUCUCUCUCUCUCUCUCUCUCUCUCUCUCUCUCUCUCUCUCUCUCUCUCUCAGAUGAGCAGCGGAGGAUCAAGGAGCAGCGGAACUCUAGGAAAGGUUGGCUGAGGGCAUGGGGUGCCCUGCAGGACUGGAUGCAUCAGCUGUUCAGGAUCAUUGUGGCCUUCACAGAAGACCCCAUGUUUGACAAGUUCAUCCUGUUUGUGGUGGUGCUCAACACAGGGACCCUGGUGGCCCAGACAUUUGAAAGUGUGACUGUGAGAGGAGGUGUGAGAAACAGGGAAAAUACAUUGUGACCCUUUAAAAUCUACAUUUAGUAAGUUCUCUAUUCUCAUGCAUGGGUUGAAGUGUGUUAAUGACAUCUGUUUUGUUUCCCAAUGCCAGGGUGGUUCUUCUCAGCUCUCGAUUCUGCUUUUCUGGCGAUCUAUUUAACGGAAUGUGUGCUGAAACUGCUUGUCUGGGGUCGACUCUACUUCAAAAAUCCCUGGAAUGACCUGGGUAGGUAGCUGUUUACAUUGGCUUGGGGGCAGUCGCAAAAAACCCUCUCCAAUGUUUUACAACAACGAGUCUCCCACUGUUUCAUCUCAUUUUUAUUUUCUCCCUCUGUUCUCUGCCUGUCUCAGACUUUUUCAUAAUUACGAUGAGCCUCAUUGACUUCCUGCUGCCACUCAUUGAGUCUGCAGGGAACUUCAGUGGAGGCCAGGCAUCCACAAUCUUCCGCAUCCUCAAGCUCUUCAAAGGGGUCCGGGCCAUCCGAGCGUUCCGGGUCUUGCGUACCAUCCGGUAGGACGCCUCAAGUGUUUUUCAGCAUGAACUCAUUAUUCAGACCGACCACCCCUCUGUUUGACUUCCCUUGAUAGCACUUCAGUGGAUGAACUCUGACACCCCAAGUACAUAAACUAUAUGAAUACAUCCCUAUCUAAUAUCUUUCAUCAUGGUUCAGUAACAUGUAAUUCUUUCCUUGACAGCUUCCUCCAAAAUCUCCAGUCCAUUGUGUCCACCUGUCUCCAGUCUCUCCAGUCCAUGGGUGCCAUCAUCAUCCUCAUGUUCACAUUCCUCUUCAUGUUUGCUGUCAUUUUCCGAGAGAUGUUUAACGAGUCUGACCCGCAUCGCUUUGGCACCAUGUUUCGGACAAUUUUCACUCUGUUCCAGCUGCUCACGCUGGAUGACUGGGCUUUCAUUUACUCUACCAGCCGAGACAACGGUGAGGGAGGGAACACUACAGUCUGUGUGUCAUGCAUGGUCAGUCACCAAUCAUCACAUGAUGUAACUAUUUGUGGUCAUGACUUUAACUUUUUAUGAAUGACAGGUGCACCUCAUAUUAUCAUCUUUCUUGUCCUGUACAUUGUGGUGGAAUACUUCACUUUCCUCAAGUGAGUAGGCUUGAAAAUGUUGCAACAAAGACAAUACAGUACAUGUAUGAUACUCCUACUAAGUUCUUCCAAGAGCAAACACCCUGUUGAUUGUACAUUGUGAUUUUCUCUGCAUAGUCUAUUCAUUGCUGUCCUUGUCGACAACUUCCAGAUGACAAUCAAGAGACGGAUGGCGUCAAAGAUCCAAAAGGUAUUCCGACCAUGACAAACAAUAAGGCAAGAAAGACAGAUACUGCAGUAGAUUUUGCUGAACAUAACACUGCAUUCUUUUCUACUUUAGUUCCAAGAGGUAUAUGAGAGCGAGAUGCAGUCAAUGAAGAAGUUAGGUUGGUUGGUCGGCCCUACAUUUUUCAAAAGGCUACCACAUGUACUUGUGGGUGAGGCAAAAUACAAACAAUAGGCAACAGAAAGACGACUGAACCGGUCUCCUCUUCUCUUUACCUGUCUGUAGAGCCCCAGCCCAUUGAACCACAGACCGAUGAGGAGUUCUAUGAAGAGGCCCUCAAAUUGAGCUAUAGUGAAAAUAAGUAUGGAAAGAGGUAAGAAACUAUGUCAAACACUAAACAGGAGAAAAGCCAGCUGUCAACUUGGUUCACAAUGCUAACAGAAAAGCCUGUUUUGCCAAGCCAUUUUACUGUAGUCUGUGCUGUAGUCGCAAUCUAACAAGAGCCCCAACAUGACUGGUCCAUAGGGAGAUAGAGCUGAUCACCAGCUACCUCAGACUGCUGGCAGCCAUAGAUCAGAACCAGCAGACGUUCCGCUCCCAGGGCUGUGUUCUGGAGCGCCUCAUCGAUGCCUUCUUUGAGGUGAGAGCAUUUCUCUCUGUAGACAAACUUCUGGAGCAGAGUACAACAUAGCUACAUUUUACUUACAUAUAAAUUGAUGUCUGCUGCCUACGGCUGCAUUUACACAGGCAGCCCAAUUCUGAUCUUUUGGCCAGUAAAUUGACCUCUUGACCAAUCAGAUCAGCUCUUUUGAAACUAAUUUGGCAAAAUAUCAGAAUUGGGCUGCCUGUAUAACUGCCUGGAAAUGUGUAAACAGUCAAGGAAUAAGACUUCUGAUUCAGCUCCUAAACAGUUGUGUUGACGUCCUUUUCAGGCAACACAGGAGGACAUUCAGGGGAAUGACCACGAAUAG